CUUAUCUUUCUGCCUCAGCAAUGGCAGAAGCUGUUAUAAGACACUGGGUGGAAACUCCCGUACGCUACCAAGAGCAGUUUGCUGUCCAAGAGCUGGAAGCACACAAACUGGACCACUCUUUAUAUGCUUUGCCGGGCCCUUCUACAGCUGCACUGAGCAACAGAAGGUGUAUCGUGGAAAGUACAGCUGGGGCUGGGAAGAGCGACCAGGAGGAGGAAAACACACGCUUUCAGGUCUUGCUGGAUGUUGUGCAGUUCCGCCCCGAAGAUAUCAUUAUUCAGACUUUUGAAGGCUGGCUCCUGAUCAAAGCUCAGCAUGGACCCAGGAUGGACGAACAUGGUUUCAUAUCCAGAAGCUUUACCAGACAAUAUAAAUUACCUAAUGGAGUGGAGAACAAAGACUUGUCUGCGCUUUUCUGCCAUGAUGGCAUUUUGGUUGUUGAAAUGAAGAACUCAGUGGGAAAGAAUUAGAGUCUUGUCCAUAGUUUAUUGGUGAGAUAAAAUCAUUCUUAAUACAACAAAAUAAUAUCAUUCAAGUGAUGCUGUAGAGUGUACUAAGCAUGUGGCUGUAUUUAUAUUAGAGUAAUGGAAAAUCUUUGUAUAUAUUUUUCAGUAUGCUGAGUUUAUGGUUUGAUGUGAAAUGUUAGACUGCUUGCCUCCAGCUACAUAUGUGUUGGAAAGCCAGGCUUUUUGAACAGUAGAAAAUUUAGGCUAGUCACAGCA